AUGAAGUGGUUCAACGUUGUGUCCGCUGGCCUCGUAGUCUGGCCGAUUGUAUCGGCUAUACCCACUGCCAGCAAUUCUCAUGAUGGAGAGGGCAGCGGCCCCUAUCCAGCAUACUACUUUUCCGAGCCCACUCUUGAAAACCACACAAUCUAUAUGCCCAAAAAUCCAGCAAGAGACCUAUCACUACCUGUACUUGUGUGGGCUGAAGGAGGUUGCGAUAACAAUGGAACGCAAUUUGCCAACUUCCUGAGCAAUAUCGCCUCCUACGGCUUCGUUGUGGUAGCCAAUGGUCCAAUCAACGGUGGUGGCUCUGACGUUGAGAAUCCUCAGUACUUACGAGACUCGGUUCUGUGGAUUAGUGCCAAAGCCGGUACUUGCGGUAAGUAUAAAAAUGUGGAUGCAAGCAAGAUUGCAGCUGCCGGUCAGAGUUGCGGUGGUCUUGAGGCGUAUACGAUGCGCAAUGACUCGCGCGUUUCGUAUCUGGGCAUCUUCAACUCGGGCUUCUUAUCGAACGUCCCCGCCGGCGCCCUUCCUACCAACAUUGUCGUUGAACCUCCUAGUACUAUUACGCAAGUGCACAAGCCUGUAUUUUAUUUCUUAGGGGGUCCCACAGACGUUGCAUACCCACAGGGCGAGGCGGACUACCACAACCUCACCGGCGUGCCCAAGUGGAUUGGCAACUACCCUGUCGGACAUAGUGGCACAUAUUCCGAGGUCAAUGGCGGCGCCUUUGGCGUUGCAGCUGUCAAUUGGUUGACAUGGAUUUUCAAGGACAACAAAACGGCGAGCAAAUUCUUCACUGAGGGAGGCGCUGAAAAGGCAGGGUGGAAUGAGACUGAAAGUUAUGAUCUUCAGGAUUUGUCGAACUAUUAA